UUGCGUAUGGAAGUAUGGCGACCCCAGCGACACAAGCGCGGCACGACCCAACUUUAUUGAUCCGAGUUUCACCUGAGCGCCAUUAACAAGUCUGCACAUCGAGACGUCCAGGGCGAAGACGCGGAGGAGUGUGAUUAAACGACCCGGGCUGCGGAAAAGUUUGGUGAAGACUCCGCCGGACUGGAGUUUCCUCGAUUUGGCGUCGCCUCCUUGAUUGAAGUGAUUUUUGGUCCGGGUACCACUGGGGAAGAAACUCCGCAGGACGACAAGAGUGGACGCGGAAGUGGGAACCGCACACGACACACUGGAGUUUAACUUUUAAAUCCCGGAAAGGCAUGAGAUUUUUGUCAUGACUCUGUGACUCUGGGGCACUUUUGUGAACUGUUGACUGCUCGCCGUGCAAGCCAGCAGCUAACGGUCGUUAGCUUCCAUGGCUACUCUCAACUUUAGCUUGGGGUCCUCAGCUAAACAACACAAGAAGAGUUUCUGGCACUGCGUCCGUGUGAAAUGUCUCUUUUGACAUUCAAACCCAUCAGCUUCCAUUAAUGCAUGAUCCAAAGAGACAUACUGGACUGAUUUGGAUUUUUAGUGUCGACCUUCGUCGUGUGUAUUCCAGGAGAAAACAGGCCGAUCCUGGAAAGGUGGCACUGAACUCCCAACCCCUCCCUGCUGCUGCCUGGUGGCCGACAGCACAACGGUGAGCACCUGAGUCCAGCUCGGGAGGUCCCGGCUGCGGCCUGGCACCCUGCCCUUAUGGGGCAGCAGCCGGGGAAGUUUUCAGGGGACCAGAGGAGACCCAGUCUGCCAGCCUUCAUCAAAGGUGGGAAGAGAGAGUCAACACGCCAUGGGAGUCAGCCCUGUAAUGUUUUCGCUGUGCACGAAGCUCUGCAGAGACCGGACUUUGAGGGACAGGGUCUGACUGAGGCUGCACGCUGGAACUCUAAAGAGAACCUGUUGGCAGGACCCAGCGAGAAUGACCCCAACCUGUUUGUGGCGCUCUAUGAUUUUGUUGCCAGUGGCGACAACACGCUCAGCAUCACUAAAGGGGAGAAGCUGCGGGUGCUGGGCUACAACCACAACGGCGAGUGGUGCGAGGCCCGGACCAAGAAUGGCCAGGGUUGGGUGCCGUCCAACUACAUCACCCCAGUCAACAGUCUGGAGAAGCACAGCUGGUACCACGGACCCGUCUCACGCAAUGCGGCCGAGUACCUGCUCAGCUCGGGAAUCAACGGGAGCUUCCUGGUGCGAGAGAGCGAGAGCAGCCCCGGACAGAGGUCCAUCUCUCUGCGGUACGAGGGGAGAGUCUACCAUUACAGGAUCAACACCGCGUCGGACGGCAAGCUCUACGUCUCGUCUGAGAGCCGCUUCAACACUCUGGCAGAGCUGGUGCACCAUCACUCCACGGUGGCCGACGGCCUCAUCACCACGCUGCACUAUCCGGCGCCGAAGCGCAACAAGCCCACCAUCUACGGCGUCUCCCCCAACUACGACAAGUGGGAGAUGGAGCGCACGGACAUCACCAUGAAGCACAAGCUGGGAGGAGGCCAGUACGGGGAGGUGUACGAGGGAGUGUGGAAGAAGUACAACCUCACCGUGGCUGUGAAGACGCUCAAGGAGGACACGAUGGAGGUGGAAGAGUUUCUCAAGGAGGCCGCUGUCAUGAAAGAGAUCAAACACCCCAACUUGGUACAACUGCUAGGCGUCUGCACACGAGAGCCUCCGUUCUACAUCAUCACAGAGUUCAUGACUCAUGGCAACCUGCUGGACUACCUGCGUGAGUGCAACAGAGAGGAGGUGAACGCCGUGGUGCUGCUGCACAUGGCCACGCAGAUCUCCUCCGCCAUGGAGUACCUGGAGAAGAAGAACUUUAUACACAGGGACUUGGCUGCUCGCAACUGUCUGGUCGGAGAGAACCACCUGGUCAAAGUGGCCGACUUCGGCUUGAGUCGGUUAAUGACGGGCGACACCUACACUGCUCACCCCGGCGCCAAGUUCCCCAUCAAGUGGACCGCACCAGAGAGCCUGGCCUACAACAAGUUCUCCAUCAAGUCUGACGUCUGGGCCUUUGGUGUGCUGCUUUGGGAGAUCGCCACCUAUGGGAUGUCGCCCUACCCGGGCAUCGACUUGUCUCAGGUCUACGAGUUGCUGGAGAAAGAUUAUCGAAUGGACCGGCCUGAAGGAUGUCCAGAGAAGGUGUACGAGCUGAUGAGGGACUGUUGGAGAUGGAACCCCACAGAGCGUCCGUCUUUUGCUGAAACGCAUCAAGCCUUCGAGACCAUGUUCCAGGAGUCCAGCAUUUCCGACGAGGUGGAGAAAGAGUUGGGGAAGAAGGGGAAGAAGGCGGCCCUGGGCCCCAUCCAGCAGGCUCCGGAGCUUCCCACCAAAACCAGAACGCUGCGCAGGAACACUGAGAUCCGUGACGGAGACAGUCCAGACCCACUGGAGCCGGAACCAGCCAUCAACUCACCCAUGCUCCCCAGGAAGGAGCGCCCCCUGCUGGACGGCAACCUCAACGAAGACGAACGCUUGCUGCCUAAGGACAAAGACAAGACGCGAGGCAGCGUCUUCCGCAGCCUCAUCAAGAAGAAGAAGAGCGCGCCCACCCCCCCCAAGCGCAGCUCCUCCUUCAGAGAGAUGGACUUGCACCCAGACAGAAGGCCUGGCUCCCUGGAGCCCCGGGACGGAGACGCUUGCAACAACGGGAGCGCCAACCACGACAGUGCCCAUGGCUUUCUGAGCACCAGCAACAACGGGGCAGCGGGCAUCACUAACGGGGCACCCACGUAUCCCGGACCCUUGUUUCCGAGGAAGAAGGGGGCUCCAGCGGUGCCGGGACCCAUGGGCAAGACGGCAACGACUCCGCCCAGCGAAGAGGAACUCAACACUACCUCCAAGCGCUUCCUUUGGUCCAGUCUGCCCGUCACCUCGGACGGCACGGAGUGGAAGUCGGUCACGCUGCCAAGGGACAUGGGCCAGCGGCACUUCGAUUCAGGCACAUUCGGGGGGAAGCCCGCUCUGCCCCGCAAGAGGACCAGUGAGCAGAAGGGAGAGGCCCCGCUCCGACUCGGCACGCUGACCCCUCCCCCACGGCUCCCCAAAAAGACAGAGGAGACGUCAGAUGAGGUGUUCAAGGACGCCGAGCCCAGUCCAGGAUCCAGUCCACAAGCCCUGACGCCCAGGGUGCUGAGGAGACCAGGAGCGGCCGGACUGGAAAACUCCAAGACCAGCGCCCUUCACGCUGAGCUGCUGAAGCCCAACGUGUUUCCUGCUCUGGGGGCUGCGGCGGACGAGUGCCGGGCCCGGAGGAACAAGCACACCGGGGACUCUGUCAGGGAGCGAGGGAAGAUCCAGAAGCCCAAGCCGGCACCACCCCCUCCCCCAGCUAAUGCUAAAACAGGCAAGAGCUCCCGGAGCCCGACUCACGAGACCCCCUCAUCCAGCGGCACAGACGUCAAAGCUCGGAGCCCCGGCUCGCCCUCGGAACACAGCAGCACGACCACUGACCCGACAAGCACAUCCCCCACCGAUGCCACCAAGAAGCUGCCGCUGACUGCCGCCUCCAAACCCAAACCGCUCAAGACCUCCACCUCCUCUCCUGCAGUCAGCACCUCCUUGUCCAGCCAGAGCCUCGGGGGCUUCUCCUCGCUGGUCUCGCCCACCGAUCAGAACUCCCCCUCUGCAUUCAUCCCCCUUGUGGACACCAGACGCUCCCUCCGGAAGACCGCGCCUCGGCAAGGCACAGAGCGAACCCCCAACUCCGCGGUGACCCGUGAGAUGGUGCUGGAGGGCACGGAGCGCCUCCGCCUGGCCAUCUCCCGGAACUCGGAGCAGACGGGCAGCCACAACGCUGUGCUGGAAGCCGGGAAGAACCUGACCAAGUACUGCGUGAGCUACGUGGACUCCAUCCAGCAGAUGAGGAACAAGUUUGCCUUCCGGGAAGCCAUCAACAAGCUGGAGAGCAGCCUGCGGGAGCUGCAGAUCUGCCCCGCGGCCACCGGGAGCGCCAGCUCCCAGCAGGACUUCAGCAAGCUGCUGUCCUCCGUCAAAGAGAUCAGCGACAUCGUUCAGAGGUAGCAGCAUCGACCCCAAACCGCCAGACUGAUGAAAGGCUUUUGACAUCGGAGGGCGAGACGCCUGUGGGGAACCAAUCACAAGGAAGCCUCACAAAUGUAGAAGCAUGGGACCAACUCUUUUUUUUUUUUUUUAAAUCGACCUUUUUAAAAACUCAUUUGGGCAAAAGAAACCAUGUUGUCUGCGGUUUAGUGGCUGCCGACUUUUCUGCUUCCACCUGUGACCUGCAUGUUCUGGCCCGGUCAAACACUCUCUGUAGACUUCACGCUCCUCUGACGUGUGACUGGCUCGGGUUGUCCUGUGUGUUCGUGUGUGUUCGUGUGUGUUCGUGUGUGUGUGUGUGUGUGUGUGUGUGUGUGUGUCUCUACAGUGUUUGGAACUUCAUGCCAUAAGUUAGCAGCGAGAGGUCACUUCCACACGACAACGCUUCACUUAAAAAACUUCAGAGUUUGGGAGGCAGCAGGAACAUAUUGGGAAACUGCAAACUCACCUUCAUGUUCAGCAUAUACUAACUGGAGUGACUUGACAGUGUCAGUGUUGCACUUUACCUUGGGUGUCUGGAGAACAUUUCCAGCAUGUAUGAGACCUUGAGCUCCUUCAGAGAGGAUGCGAAAAUGCAUGUCGUCAACACCCUUCAGUGUGUUAGUUAUGAGAAGCCAAUCGUUGAAAGCUGUGAGCACCGUCUCCAUCGACACUGGAAGGUUCCAAGAACCUUUUGAGUUCCCUGUCUGUAAGGAGGCAGGUUGUGCACCCCUUUUAUCAGGGGAGCAGGGGGUGGUGUGUCGGAGUGUCUUUGGAGAAGUUGUGAAGGCCAAUGGAAAGUCCUGAACACCUUGAAGGAUCUCCUCGUCACUUUUGUUAGGUAGUGAAAACUCCUUCCAACAGUGUACUUUAGUAACUUCUGGACAGUUGCGAAUAACUUGGAAGGUGAUGACAACAGAUUUGUUCACACUGAUCAGUUGAAGGUUUGAGGUUUCCCACCUUUCUUGGCUGUUAUGCAAGUUGGUUCCCAUCAUUUCUUCAAGAAUGUAUUUUUUUCUAAGAGGUACCGCUUCAUAAGCCGUGCGUGAGGGGUGCAGAAGCCAACUGUAGAGAUGUGACCCGUUUUCUUGAACUGUUCCGUUUUUAAGUCAAGCGUAGUUCUGUGGAGCGAAAUCUUUCUUCGUGCCUUAAGUCCUGACCAGCAGUGUUAUGCAACGGCUGCUUGUCUUAACUGAAAAUGAAUUGGAGCUGCAGGCGAGGGACCAGGUGGCGAAUGACAGAGCUUGUGUGUGUGUGUGUUUUUUUUUCUGGUGAUGCAAGUUUGUGUCCGUGCCAGUGAUAAAGCCAUCAGUAGCAUCAUGUAGUUCGUACAGCGGGAUUCACAUUUCCGACGUCGGGGAAAACACUGGACUGAAAUGUUUAUAGACUUCUCACACGCCGUCUUAAAUUAGAACCAUGAAAUCGAGAUCUGUUUUUAAGCCUGCUAUGCCCGAGGACUUGAGCUGAUCCUACCAUGGUACCGUCAGUGUUGGCUCUCAUUCCACCAUACCACUACUUUCUAUUGUGUUUUUGUAAAUAGACUCUCUGUGCAAUUGCUGUUGCAAUAAAACAAAUGCGACUUGAAGCACCUCUUCUGUGUCACUCCAGAAAACACACAAGGUCUGGUUAUGUAUAAUUUAUUUUUUUUCUGUCUAGAGUAUUUCGUCAUUAAAAUCAAAAUGUCAACAUUUUAAAAUCAUAUACACGCAAGAACGCAUUUAAAUGUUAGCACAGCUC